GACAGCGAUGACGACGAUGAGGUCACCGUCACCGUGGACCGAGAACGCUUCAUGGAUGAGUUCUUCGAGCAGGUGGAAGAGAUACGGGGUUUCAUCGACAAGAUCUCAGAGAACGUGGAAGAGGUGAAAAGGAAGCAUAGCGCCAUCUUGGCUGCCCCCAACCCUGAUGAGAAGACAAAAGAAGAGCUGGAAGAACUCAUGUCAGACAUAAAAAAGACGGCCAACAAAGUCCGAUCCAAAUUAAAGAGCAUUGAGCAGAGUAUUGAGCAGGAAGAGGGGCUGAACAGAUCCUCUGCGGACCUGAGGAUCCGGAAGACCCAACACUCCACACUGUCCCGGAAGUUUGUGGAGGUCAUGUCUGAGUACAACGCCACCCAGUCCGACUACAGGGAACGGUGCAAGGGCCGAAUCCAAAGGCAGCUGGAGAUCACUGGCAGAACUACCACAAGCGAGGAGCUGGAAAACAUGCUGGAGAGUGGGAAUCCCGCCAUCUUUGCUUCAGGGAUUAUCAUGGACUCGAACAUCACGAAACAAGCCCUGAGUGAAAUUGAGACAAGGCACAGCGAGAUCAUCAAGCUGGAGAACAGCAUCCGCGAACUCCAUGACAUGUUCACUGACAUGGCCAUGCUGGUGGAGAGCCAGGGGGAGAUGAUUGAUCGCAUCGAGUACAACGUGGAACACUCCGUGGACUACGUGGAGCGAGCCGUGUCGGACACCAAGAAAGCAGUCAAAUACCAGAGCAAAGCCCGGAGGAAGAAAAUCAUGAUUAUCAUCUGCUGCGUGAUCCUGGGCAUCGUCAUCGCCUCCACGUUUGGGGGCAUCUUCGGAUAG